CAGCUCGGGGCACCGAGCCUGCUGCUUGCAAAAUUCUGCCGCUUGUGUAGAGGAGAGCUGCUCCCUCACCCGGCUGAUCCUGGGCCGUGUGCACGCUGGCUUGCACCCCGGCAAAAGCCUAGCUCUUUCCACCCUUCGCACAUCCUCUCACGUUUCCUUCCUGCGCCGCUGCGGGAAGCUGCUGCAGGCUUGGCGGGGAGGGGAAGAGCGGUGCACCUUGUUCGCGUCGCUGCUGCGAAAGAGCUGGGCCCCCGCGGUCCCCUGCGGGAGGGAGGUGCGCUGCAGGCACCCGGCACCUCUCCGGAAAACCGCAGCAGUGACAGAGGAGGCGGAGCAGGACGGUCAGGAGGAAAUCGAGCAGCAUGAAGCGCCUCUCCCCCGGCCCCAGCACCCAGACCACCUACUACAGCGAGUCAAUGAUGAGCGAGUCUUACCUGGGGGGCAACAGGGGCCUUUCUGCCCUGGGCAGCUCAGGCUUCGACGACGGCCUGGACAGCAGCAGUUACUGGGGCGGGGAGCUCUCGAUGAGGAGGAGAAGAGGCACGGGGGACACAGAGUCCAGUAAAAUUAACGGGCUGCUGGAAAGCAAGACGUACGACACCUACGCCUCUUCGUCCGGCUACUCCUCGGAAGAUGACUAUGCUGGUCACUUUUGCUCAGGCCAGAGCUGCUCUGGGUUGGGGCUCAGGAGCGCAGCCUCCAGGGUCGGCUCCUUCCUCUGGCACGUGGUCACCGCUCCGGUCCGGUUCCUGGGGUGGUUGUUCUCAUGGGUUGGAGCCGCGUGGCACCGCCUUGCCGGCACAACUCCCCUGCUGGGUGGCGUCACCUCGAGGAGUCCAAAGGAAGGCUGCGGAUGGGAGAAGGCAGCUGCAGUAAUACAGGCUCCUCUUUCUUCUCGGCUCUCCAGACGCUAUUUGGAUCUGAAGAAGUUUCUCCUGCUGCUGCUGCCGCUCCUCCUGCUCCUUGCUGCAAUCGCCUACGGGGCUUGGUAUUUCUACCGAUACGGACUGUCAACACUCAGCUUCCCUGCAUUUCUCUGGGGAUCUGCAAAGGUUUCAUCAUCUGCGUCUGGGGCAGCUGAUGUGCCCGGAGCUUGGGAUCUGACCGCCUUCGAUCAGGGGCUGAGCAGGGAGCACCAGCUCCUGGCGCGGUUUCAAGCCCUGGAGAAACGCUUCAAGGUGCUGGAGGCCGAGGCAUCGCGGUGGGAGCUGCAGAGGGGGGCCGUGGCGGUGGAGGGUGAGCUGAAGCAUGGGGACGUCCUCACGCUGCUGGAGGGGCUGGUGAGCCGCCGGGAAGAAGAGCUGAAGGAGCAUGUCCGCAAUGACGUGGCUGUGCAUGUCCAGGGCGAGCUGGAUGCCCUCCGAGCCCAGGUGCAGAUGGAUUUGAACGGGCGCCUGGGGAAGAUCACCCAAGCCUCGCAGGAGAUGGAGGCCCGCUUGUUCGAGCUGAAUUCAGAGUGGCAAAGCUCCACACAGGAGGGCCUGAGGGGGAGCUUCCAGCAGGAGAUGGACAAACUGGAGCGGGAGCUGGCGGGCCUGAAGAGGGAGCUGGCACUCCUGAAAUCGGACCAGGAGGUGGUGGGGAAGCACAUGGAGGUGAUGCUGGAGCAGAUCAAGGCAGUGCGGACUGACGUGGAAGCGCAGUUCCCUGCCUGGGUCAGCCAGUUCUUGUCGCAGCCCCGGCGGGAUGGAGCAGCCAGCCUCUUCCUCCAGUGGGAAGAUUUGCAAGCUGAGCUCCAGGCGCUGGAGCACAAGAUCCUUGCGAAAGUCUUGGAGGAUCGGCAGCUGUCAGCAUGGGAUGCCCAGGCUGGCAUUGGAGUGUCCCUGCGGCAAGGCGGAAUGGCGGGGGUGACAGAGGAGCAAGUGCAUCUCAUCGUGAACCAGGCCCUGAAGCACUACAGUGAGGAUCGCGUGGGGAUGGUGGAUUACGCGCUGGAGUCGGCAGGGGCCAGCGUCAUUAACACCCGCUGCUCGGAAACCUAUGAGACCAAGACAGCGCUGCUGAGCUUGUUUGGGAUCCCCCUGUGGUACCACUCACAGUCCCCCCGGGUCAUCCUGCAGCCAGACGUCAACCCUGGGAACUGCUGGGCGUUUCGUGGAUCCCAGGGGUUCGCUGUCAUCCGCCUCUCCAGCCCCAUCCGUCCCACAGCCGUGACACUGGAGCACAUCCCGAAAGCCCUCUCGCCCCAGGGCACUAUCCCCAGCGCUCCCAAGGACUUCACUGUCUAUGGUUUGAAAGAGGAAGGAGAAGAGGAGGGCACUCUCCUCGGGCAGUUCACGUACAACCAUGAUGGCAAUCCCAUACAAACAUUUUACUUCGAGGGUGAAGACUUGGGCACGUUCCAGCUGGUGGAGCUCCGGAUAUUGAGCAAUUGGGGUCACCCCGAGUACACCUGCAUCUACCGCUUCCGUGUGCACGGGGAGCCAGCGCACUGAUCCCCCUGGCUCACCCGCCCUGGCCGGCCGCCCCGGGUCCCGCACGGGCAGCGCAGGACGAUGGUGCAGGGAGGAUGCUGCCUGGGAAGAGAGCAAGAGAGAAUUCAUCUAUUUUUGCCGCUUCACACAUAAAAAUCCUGGGAGGUGCGAGCAGCCACCCCAGAGAACUUGUUCCCCUUCAGCUUUUCUGUGGCGCUGCUUGCAGAGGGGAAGAAUUUGUGUUUAGGGGAGAGGAUCGUAGUCAAUGGGGUGGUAAGGCAAGAGCAUCCUGUGUGGGUCCUAGCACAGCCCAGGUUAUUUUCAGCGCAUAUUGGACACUUCAGCUUUUUAAGCUAACUUUCUAUUGGGUCUGUGCAGUCCACAUGUCCCCUUUUUCCCCACCUCCUUUCUGAUGACACGUGUAACAUUCCCAUGGCUUUCGCAAGGUGUAUGUAAUUUUGUAUUCCGCUUCAUGCGGGCUUGGGCAUGUUACGGUGUACGUGGCCUCGGUGACCGACUCGGGGCCGUCGGAGUAGGUGGGGAGCACGUCACGACCAACGAGCCUCGUGUCACCAUCACCUCCCUUCCGCUUGGGGCAGUUCUUCCGCCUUGGCGUUGGGUCGCUGAAGCUCCCAAGGCCUUUAAAGCGGGGUUGGCAGAGGGGAAAUAAGGCAGUAUUAAUGAAGUAUUAAUUAAUAUAAAACUAAAGAUUUGGGGCAGGGGGGAGGGAAAAGUAAGAAAUCUGUGGGUUGUGAAGCCAGCCCCAGCACUGCGAUCCGUCCGUCCCGGUCCCCCGGCUGUGUGUUUGGAGAUGCGUUGUGCCUCCUGCUGCCGGCGGGUGUUGUUGGGCCUCCGCCAUGCGCAAGGCUCUCGGCCAAAAGUGAUAGGAGUCCUGUAUCGCCCGCGUGCUGGUGUGAGGGGGCCACGUGUCCCUCUGGUCUGUUUGGCUCCCAGCUGUUAAGCACAAUGAUGCUGUUGAAAACUCCCAUCAUCUGCUUCCCCUUUUGGGUUUGUUCUGUUUUUUUCUAAGGGGGGAGGGCUGGUUUGAGGUUAGAGUGUGGGGGCUUUUUUUUUUUUUUUUUUUGUAAUAACAAAGGAAAAAAAAAUCUUUUUUUCCAUGCAAUUUCUACUUAACCGGAGGAUGUUCUGUUAUGUGGUACCGCUCAGGUGAGUGGCUUAGAGGGCUAGAGCUUUAUUUAGUACGAGAACAGUGUGCACAGUAAGAUAAAACUAGAAUAAGAUGAGCAGAGCUGUUUCAAACUUGGGCCUUGAACCUAAGUGGCUUGAUAGCUGGGCUCGGGAAGACCAUGUCCAUCGCGGACCGCUGCUGGGCGAGAUGCCAUCAGCUGCAGCAUCUGCCCGAGCGUCCUUGGCGAAAAGGCACCUGGCAGAGUGCUGGGCUUGCUCCUGCCUCCUUACUUUGGAGGAUGCCCUCCGAGUUUGUAACCCACGAGGUGUGUGGGCAGCUUGUGUCCGUGACCACUUGUCUGUAGAUGCAUCUGUAUGUAGGCAGCUGUACGUAGGGAACGGGACCUGCUGUCCCCAUGCGCUGUAUGGCUUUCUCCAUACAUAUACAAGCUGAUGACCAGGAGAUGGGGCAGAGAGAGAAGACCGCCUGCCAAGGCUUGCACCUGUCUGCAGAGGGCAAUCACUGCACGCAGCCUGGCGGGGACAGGACAGUAAGCACCUGACUAGUAGUACAUCACUUUUUGAAGUGUGGUGAUGCUGGCUUGUGGGGAGGAGACCAUGCGAGGCCUUGGGGCCAAGGAGGGCAUGGAGAGGCAGCAUGCCUCUCACCCACCUACUCGCCUGUGGGGCAGCAGUUGGUGCCAAGCAGCUCGUGGUAGAGGUGCUUGGCUUGUUGAGGCCACGGCUCUGCAAAGGGCCCGUGUGUCGGGGUAGAGGCAAGGGAGCGUGGGGUGUGUAAUGCCUCUUCUUGCCCCUCUCAAGAGCACGCUUGCAACUGCAGGCUGUUAACUGUUGGGGGGCAGUGGGGUCCCCCCUCACUUGCAUUGCUCAUAUGGCUGCUGUGGGCUGACCCUCUUUCUCCUGGGAGGACUUGCUCUCCCUCCUGCUUUCAUGUGGGCCCAGCUCCCUGAGCAGAGGACUGUGCUGGUGCAGAACAGGGAGGCCUUGUCUAAAGCGGGCACCUGAAUCCUGCCCUUGCUUGUGGUUUGAUGGGGGGGAGAUGCAACAGGAGGCUAGAGGAAGGUGUCUAGCCUUCAGCCCCAGGGACCUCCCCCGUGUUAACGUGUACCAUGGUCAUCUGGCCACUCCACCUCCUGGCCGCAUGCAGCAUGCGUGGUGUUUAGUUUGGCUUACGUUCUUGGGUAGCGUUUAUAACAUCCCCAUUUGGUUGUAUUUAGUGGAAGGAAAAGCUAAGGGCUUGUAUUUAUCAUUUCAGCACUGGCUGAUGCCUGCGGAAGAUGAUGCCAGCAAUGCAGGCACUGGGGGGGGCGCAAGGAAUUGGUUCCUGCUCUCGUCUUUCUGCUUGAAACAGUGAAGCGAAGGGACAUGGUGGAGGGGAAAGAGCUGAGGAGGCUUCUCCCAUCAGUGUGCCCUGAUUUCUGUCAGCCAGAAGCAUUGAGCCCUUCCAAAAUUAUCCCCUGGAGUCUCCUAGACAGUUACAGGUCUCUCCUGCCAGGAAAAAGCAGACCUGCAGCCAGAUCCAGAGAAGAUAAAUUCUGUCCUAUAUUGAGCUUAGACUCAAUUUUUUGGCAGCUACAGCCACAGUUAUUUUAAACUUGUCUUAGCCUCAGAGUCAUGUCUCCUGAUUGUGCACACAGGGCCCUGAGUUAUGCUUCUGUGAAUGCCUAGACUGGUCCUAGGCUUGGCAGAGGUGUUUUUGUAUUUCAUCUAAUGAGAAACUGCUGGUGCACAGAGAUGAAACUCUUCCCCCUUCACCAGGGUUUCUGUUUCUUUCAAAGCAAAUACCAUAACCACUAGACUAGAAAGCCAUUUUUCUCAUAUCCCUUCUCGCUCCCUGGCCUCUUUCCUUGCACAGUUUGGACAGUCAGGGUGGAGAGCACAUGCCUAAGAAAAAUGACCUUUUUGUAAAUAAGGCACCCUGGUGAGAGGUAGGAAAAGGGGGCUGCUUUCCCCUGAGGAUGGCAUUGGAGCAGGGCCUCUGCUCCUUCCAAGGCUGUGUUAACCGCUAGCCAAGGCGCAGGGAGCCACAUGCUUUAACAGAAGGAGCAUGCUCAUGUUCUUUGGCGAUGAAAGGAAAGGUGGGUCCCUGCAGGAGAAAGCAGAAAGUCUCUGCUGUUUGGGGGUAAAACACCCUGGAGACAGAACUGGGAGGAAAUCCUGUCUUCUGUGCUUCUCUGUAGUGGUUAGUGCUGAUGUUAGGGCCCUCCCUGUGCUGACUGCAUUGAGGUAUCUGGUUGGGCAUGCUGAGCUUGGGCACUGAAAGGUUAAGUGCGGUUUUUCUGUCCCUAAGCUCUGUAUUGGAUGUGGGCUGCAGCAGAGCAACCACAGAGAGUGCCCACCUUGCUGUCUCUUUCCAAGAGCAGCUUGCAGCAUUUCUGUAACACCUUUCCUGCACUCUACAGCUGCCAGGGAGAAGAGGGUAUGUAACACUGCUACAUCAGCCUGGUGAUCUCCUAGCCUAGGGCUAUUUAAGUCCAGUGCUGAUGCACAAGAUGAACACAGUGAGACAAGAGAAAUGAAACAGCUGUCAGAGCAGACAUCCCUUAUUUACUCCCUUUGCCUCCUUUAUUUUCCCUCAUUCUUGGUUUGCCCUAUACAAGUGUUAUACAUUAGCCCUGCAUAAGUGGGUGGUUUACAGGGUAGGAGAUGAAUUCUAUAGCCUGUUGCAAAUGCUGCACUGUUCAUUUUAUUUUUUAAUCAACAGAUUGUAAUUUAUGCCUAUGCAAAAAAAUAAAUUAUAUCAAAACCA